AGUGGAGAUCCGAUUAUCUUCUUCAUGUAAUCACCAUAUAUUCUCAUUCUUUCGCAUUUAAAGCUUAUCAUACCCCAUGGGUGUGUAUGAGUGAUCAUUGUGAUGACCAUCCUUUUCCAACUCUAAACUUAUCAAGUGUCAUGCUCUUGUUUGUUUAAGUAGGGGGACUGAGGAUUGGGGUGUUUAAAUAUACCGUUCCUAGAAUUGAAUUCACCAUAGUAGUUCAAACUUCCAAAUUAUCAUCGUGUUUUAGCGUGGCAUCAAAGUCUUCGCCUUGAGUAACAUAUUUCUCGAACAGUUCAUUUAACCUGAGAUUCACAUCCGUCUCAGCCCCACACCUUCCAAGGAUCCGUGAUGCUGACGCUAUUGGGGACAAAAGUUUCGUGAUUCCAACGAAUAUAAGACAUAUCAGACCUGUUUCUGUAUCCUAUGCCGAAGCAAAAAUCAGCUCAGAACAGCAAGAAACUUUUUUCAUGUGCACUUGAUACAAUCGAAAAGAAGAUGCCGAGAACAAUAAAACAUCCAAUUGAUAGUAACAAACCUUGGACAACAAACCUCAAAACGCGACCUGGAGCAGAUGAAGAACAAUCUACAUGCCUGGGGAUAAGAAGGCUGGGUCUUAUGACUCCUGCCAAUAAGUGAAGUCAAGACCCAAGAUGUCAAGCAAAUCUUGGAAUCUCUUCGCAAGGCUUUUGAUAAAAGGUCAAGAGAUCAAAGAGCUUGGACAGAAAACAAACAGCACCAAAUCCGACCCCGGCCCCCCCACGCGAGCGCUUCGUUCGGCAAGUAAAAUCAUCAUCAUCACCAAAGCUUCCAGCAAGUAACUUCCCGACAAAACCAACGUCAAAACAAAUAUCUGAUCAUGUUGUAGUACAGGCUGCAGGCUUCUCACUCCUUCGCCCGGGACAUUUUAUUUACGCAUAACCCAGCCGGGGACGUCAAGUUUGAUCUUCGUGCACACGCCUCCUCCACACCUCGAGUUUCGUUUUCGUCCCAGGGCGUUUUCGAUCGCCUUUGUGCCUCUGGCCCUCUGCUCUUCUGUCCAUCACGCUGCAGGGACAGGGAUUGACAAGCCCGACUUCACUUCAGCCCAUCAGCACUGCGGGUCACCGCACGUGGGAGAUCAACUCGCUUGUGGCCCCUCUCGCCCAGCUCGCCCAGCUCGCCCAGCAAAAGAACAAAAGUGCAUGGCGGACUCGGCGGACUGGGCGUUCUUGGAGACGAUGCUCUGGAUUCGGAUGUGUGAUAUCGUCGAGAAGGAUGUGUUACUUUCAGGUGAUGGGUGGUACUUAUGUUCUGGGCUGGGACGGGACGGAAUUGGUGGGCCGAACAAAACGUGCUCGCUUUUGACGCUGCUGGGGUUAGGAGAAGGAAUAUGCCUGGGAUUCAGGGGGGGAGGGGGAGGGGGAGGGGGAGGGGGAGAAGAGAAACACACGGACUGAGUCCCUCGUGGUUGCAUUGCGCGAGACUACAGGCAGGUUCGGCCCGCGAAACUGUCAGUCUACAGUACCAAUAUCUGAUGGACAGGGAAGGGAGUAUCGUACACAGGUGACCGGCACUCCCUCUGACGCCCGGGUUUGAGGAUAUGCAAACUUUACGCUUUCUGUCACAUUUUCCUGUUGAUAUCAAGAUAUCAUUCGUCCUUCGAUUGUGAAAGACUUUAUUAUUGAGUGGCCCCACCAGACAGAAGAACAGAAACGAUCACCACCUCCAUGACCCGGGGGAGAGGUACCCUUCUUCCACCCCACCAGGACGUGCGAAAUCGUGCCACUCGAUUCUUCGGCUUGCUUGACAGCCCGGCCUAGUCUCCAAACAUCUCCCCCUUGACGCCACCAGGGAGGCGGGAUGCAAGUGGGGUGAAGCUGGAGACGACCCUUCUCUUCCCUGAGGUACUUCAAUGUCAACGUCCGACCUUCCGACCUGAUCGACAUCAACGUCAAUCCAACCCACCACAGUGAUAUCGAGUAUCUCGAAGAGUGCAUCUGGACAUCUCUCCGCUCUCGAGCGCAAGCACGCUCUCAUGGCUGCCUAGACGGAGAGCCCAUGCUGUGCAGCAUACAUGCAUCUGUCUGUCAGCCCGUCAGCAAACCCGGUCCUACCUGAAUCUCGUGUGAACCUUUAAGCCUUAUCACGACUCAAUCCACUUCAACGUCACGAAGUCUCAAUUGUUUCAUAUAGCUCUGGCCUUAGGUAUCUGAGAAUUAUUAUAUCGAUCCGAGCAACUGUACCCAGUUAAUCCGGAGAGGACAUUUUGGAAGGUAGCGAGGUCACUUCAAACUCCUUGCUCGCGAGGCUGCACCACUCCGAUGGACUACCUUCCGGAGCCUGCGAUCCCAGUGAACCUCCCUCGGACCACGGGAGGCAAUGCUGCCUUCCACAAUUUCCACAAUGACUAUUCACAUAUUCAAGAUCCGAAUUUGAGGAGGAGGUUGGCGCUUUCUGAAAUUGACAAAGUUCCAUUCGGGUGGUAUCAUGUACGGGCAGUCACAGUAGCAGGGAUAGGAUUUUUCACAGACUCCUACGAUAUCUUUGCAAUCAACCUCGUCACUUCGACCCUUGGAAUGGUAUUUUGGCAAGGCCCGCCAACACCCGGAUCGAAUUCUGGAGGAAACUAUGGCGUCUUACCAAUGAACGUCAACACGGCAAUCAAAGCAGCAACUUCGGGAGGGGCGGUUAUUGGCCAAAUGGGCUUUGGUUGGCUUGCUGAUGUGGUUGGACGGAGAAAGAUGUAUGGAAUUGAACUGGCUAUUAUCAUUACAGCGACUCUUGCCCAAAGCUUGGCGGCUCCAAGUCAGGCCGUGACGAUGACAGGACUACUGAUAUUCUGGAGAGUGGUAAUGGGAAUUGGGAUUGGAGGAGACUAUCCAUUGAGUGCUGUUAUUACUUCUGAAUUCGCCCCUACACGCUGGAGAGGUGCUAUGAUGGCAGCAGUGUUCUCAAUGCAAGGUGCUGGGCAAUUCGCUGCAGCUUUAGUUGCACUUGUCACAACCAUGUGCUUCAAAGGCUCUUUCAUCAAUACCGGAACAGCCUUUUCAACAUGUCACACCGCCUGUCAACUUGCCGGAGAUCGAUCAUGGCGCAUCAUCAUCGGAUUCGGUGGUCUCCCCGCAAUAUUCGCACUUUACUACCGCAUCACCAUCCCCGAAACGCCUCGCUACACAUUCGAUAUCAAACACGACAUUGAGAAAGCCCAUGCCGAUAUCAAAGCAUACAUGAACAACCAGAAAGAAGGAGAUGUCGAUCCCAUCUCCCAAGAACAGACUAAGCAAAGAAUCGGCCAUAAAUUAAUCGCACCACGCGCAUCCUGGCGAGACGUGUGGGGCUACUUCUCACAGUGGAAGAACUUCAAAGUAAUCUUCGGCACAACCUCUGCCUGGUUCUUUCUUGACCUGGCAUUCUACGGUCUCAGUCUGAACAAUAGCAUUGUGUUAAAUGUGAUCGGGUACACACAUGGCAGCACAAUCUACCACACCCUCCUCAACACCGCCAUCGGCAACCUGAUCCUCGUUUGCGCAGGCUCCUUACCAGGCUACUGGCUCUCCGUCCUAACCAUCGAUACAAUCGGUCGCAAAACAAUCCAAAUCAUGGGUUUCUUCCUCCUUACCGUCAUCUUCGUCAUAAUAGGUUUCGCCUACGACUCCCUCACCGAAGGCGGUCUCCUCGCCCUGUACAUCCUCGCCCAACUAUUCUUCAACUUCGGCCCAAAUACCACCACGUUCAUCAUUCCCGGCGAAUGUUUUCCCACGCGGUAUCGCUCAACGGGCCAUGGUCUUUCUGCAGCCUGUGGAAAAAUAGGCGCUAUCAUCGCGCAGGUCAUUGCUCAACCUCUUCUUUCUAAAGGUGCAGCGAAGGACUGUGUGGGUAAACACUGCGCGCCGUGGUUGAACCAUCUCAUGCAGAUCUUCGCGCUGUUCAUGCUCUGCGGCACAAUCGUCUCUUUCCUAGUGCCUGAAACUAAAGGUCGCACACUCGAAGAACUCGCUGGCGAAGGAGGUCCAGCAAGAGGAGGUGGCCUGCCUCUCGAUUCGCGGAGUAGUAGUGGUGGAUUAGUCUCUGGAGCUGGACCGUGGUGGAGUUGGAAGAGAUGGAAUCCUUUUAAGGGCGGCAAACCUGCUGGUUUCACUUAUGUCAAGAGUCCUAAUCUAGGACCUAGGAGUCCGGGCAUACUGGGGAAGAGGACCAGGGUGGGGAUUAUGACGAGUCCGGAGUUGUUGCCUAAGAGUGGUGCGGCGGCGGGGAGAUGGGGGAAGAGGAGUGGUGAGAAGGGGGAGGGAGGACAGGUGCAUGGGAGGGCGAAGAGUGAUGCGAGUGGGAAUGGGUAUAGUGUUAGUAUGGAGAGUCACGGCGAUGGGUAUGCUGGUGGGGGAGGUGCGCCUCCUGGAUGGGGAGCGGGGUGGGGUGUGCAGAGGGGGGAUGGGACGCCUGAGAGGAGGGAUGGGAGGGUGGAGAGUAUUAUGUUGAAUGAUGUUGGGAGAUUGUUGAAGUGA